GGUUGCACAAACCUUCCUGUGGGAGGCCUCGGGCUGCCUGCCCGGUGGCGCGUGCCCCAGCCUGCCUCUCCCGCUGGCCGCUGCCUCGGCCCCGGGGCUGGCACCCCUGCUCUCUCCGCUGCAGCCUGGUCUGUGUCCUCCAUCUCCGUGGGGCUGGCGAGGGGCCGGCCCGGACACUGGGACCCGCCCUCCCAUCAUUGGGCACCACUCCUUCCUCAUUUUGCUGCUGAUUCUAGCCCCAAGCAAAACAGGUUGAGCCUUUUUCCUCCCUCCGGCAGCUUGUCUCUGGCUUACAGCUGCCUUCUGAGACGCCGCAGACGGCGCCGGCCGGGGAGGGGGGCCCUGGGCCAGCCCUGCCGGGACUGGGACGGUGCGCCUGGCUCCUGGCCCUUGUUCAGCCCUGUCUGUGGCAGGAGAGCAAGCUUUGCCGUGGCAGUCGCUGAGGAUGAUGCCCCAGCUUCAGUUCAAAGAUGCCUUUUGGUGCAGGGACUUCACCGCCCACACGGGCUACGAGGUGCUGCUGCAGCGGCUGCUGGACGGCAGGAAGAUGUGCAAGGAUGUGGAGGAGCUGCUGAGGCAGAGGGCGCAGGCGGAGGAGCGGUACGGGAAGGAGCUGGUGCAGAUCGCCCGGAAGGCAGGUGGCCAGACGGAGAUCAACUCCCUGAGGGCCUCCUUUGACUCCCUGAAGCAGCAAAUGGAGAACGUGGGCAGCUCCCACAUCCAGCUGGCCCUGGCCCUGCGGGAGGAGCUGCGGAGCCUGGAGGAGUUCCGUGAGAGGCAGAAGGAGCAGAGGAAGAAGUAUGAGGCCGCCAUGGACCGUGUCCAGAAAAGCAAGCUGUCGCUCUACAAGAAGGCCAUGGAGUCCAAGAAGACAUACGAGCAGAAGUGCCGGGACGCAGACGAUGCCGAGCAGGCCUUCGAGCGCAUCAGUGCCAAUGGCCAACAGAAACAGGUGGAGAAGAGCCAGAACAAAGCCAAGCAGUGCAAGGACUCGGCCACGGAGGCAGAGCGGGUAUACAGGCAGAACAUUGAGCAGCUGGAGAAGGUGCGGGGCGAGUGGGAGCAGGAGCACCGGGCCACGUGUGAGGCCUUCCAGCUGCAAGAGUUUGACCGGCUGACCAUCCUCCGCAAUGCCCUGUGGGUGCACUGCAACCAGCUCUCCAUGCAGUGCGUCAAGGACGACGAGCUCUACGAAGAGGUGCGGGUGACUCUGGAAGGCUGCAGCGUGGACGGUGACAUUGACGGCUUCAUCCAGGCCAAGAGCACAGGCACCGAGCCCCCAGCUCCGGUGCCCUACCAGAACUACUAUGACCGGGAGGUCGCCCCGAUGUCCAGCAGCCCUGGCCCGCAGCCAUCCUGUGGCAUGAUAAAGAGGUUCUCUGGGCUGCUGCACGGAAGUGCCAAGACCACAUCGUCAGCAGCUUCUGCAGCCUCCACAGAGAACCUGACCCCCACCCCUGAACGGAACGAUGGUGUCUACGCCGCCAUCGCUGUGCAGGAGACGCCAGAACCCUCCACCCUGCCAGCCCAGGAGUACAGGGCACUCUAUGACUACACGGCCCAGAAUUCUGAUGAGCUGGACCUCUCUGCGGGGGACAUCCUGGAGGUCAUCCUAGAAGGGGAAGAUGGUUGGUGGACAGUACAACGGAAUGGGCAGCGUGGCUUCGUCCCUGGCUCCUACCUGGAGAAGCUCUGAGGAAGGGGCAGUCGUCUCCACCCCGACCUGCCUGUGGGGUCAGCGGUGACCCUACCACUGCCCUGGCCUUGCUGGGGCCCCAAGACAGAGCCUGCCUUCCCAGGAAGGGUGCUGGCUGCUCUCGAGCAGUCUUUGCCACAGGGAAUAAAGGAGUGUUUUUUCCUCCUCGC